AUGUAUGUAUCUAGUAUGUCAAUAUUAUUCUUUGCAGUGAUUAUACUGAUCAGUGCAUCUGCUGUGCCAUUUUCACCUCUAUAUCAAAUUAAUGAUGAUCAAAUGAGUAGAAAUACUGGUGAUGCUCAAAUGCAAUAUUUUCUUAAACGAUCUGUAAAACUAGAUUUAUGGCCAUACAAACGUAAUUCUCCUUUAUGCGAUUAUCGCUUACAAUUUCGACCACUCGGAUUAACACCAACUCUUUGUGCAUAUCGAAACAGUCAUAAAGAAGAAGAUCCAAAUUCAAUAAAUCCAUUUAAAUACGGUUAA